GAUGUUGAGCAAAAUCUCCACCACCGAUGAUGUUUCCAGAGAUUUCUCCUCACAGAUCGAGAAGUUUAAGGCAAUGCAAUUGAUUUCCGAAAAUUACGUCCGCACUUUCACGGAUCUUAAUUACGAUUCUGAUGACUACAAUCUGGACUGGACCGAUCCCGAAGAAUUUAUGCGGCUGGAGGGUGUGACUAGGCUAUUUGCUCUUGUUGGUAACCCUGAACUUUUGUACUCGUACGCACUGUUGCCUUUGGCCUACUUCAAUGCUCAACAUAAGACAGAUUUUGAAUUUCACAAGUUUGUGAGAGCAUAUUUCAAUCAAGCUCAUCCCAUGUACAUAGUAUUUGAGGCCAUCAGCCCCACCAUUGCUGGAGGACUUCCUUUAGUCUUCCAAUCACAUAUUGGCCUUCGACCCGGAUGGCCAUCACGUGAGGAGGUGUAUUUCUGUAAGUUGCACCCCAUUGAUUGUAGUUAUACUCUUGAUGAUCUUCCAGUUUCCUCCUCAACUCCCACUUUUGAUCAUACCAAAGCCUGUGUUCUUGCGGCUGCUGCGUUCGCUAUCUGCCAAACGGGCUUAACUUUGAAGGACAUUGUUAGUUUUGAAGAGAUUGCAGAACCAACUCUGGUUGGUGAAUUUGACGUUAAGUACAAGAUAAUCUUUAAUGUGUUUAAAAUAAAAGAUGCUUCUUUUGUUGCGGGACCUGUUGAAAUAGUGGUGGAAUUUCGUCAAGAAUUUCAAACAAUGGAUGUGAUAUCCAUUGUUAAAAAUGAGAUGCCAAAUGAAGUUAAGGAGAUUUGAAUUGAGAGAAUACAGGAACAAGGUUAUAGUGUCUUAAAGACAAUAAUAAGGUAAUAAAGAUAAAAGAGAUUUUCUCUAUAACUAUGUUUCAUCUCUCCUUUGUCUUUCCUUAUUUUUAUUUUUUGUGAGAAUGAAUACUUUGAUUUUAGUAUAAAAACUUUACUCACUCAAUUUUCACUUAAUACAUGUAGUCUCAUUUUCAACCCGA